GGCUAAAGGUAAGCUCUGCUGCGACUAGUUAAGGGAAACUAUUAUUAACUAUCAUACUUUGGCUCCACCACUCUCCGUCCCUUGAACCGCGGAAUCGGGCCCGGGAAGUGUCAUUUUGGCCCACCCAACCCAGGAUGGAACCACCCAACUCUCGAAGCCUGGCUGAGAUAUCUUCUUACUACUAUUGGCUUUUACAAGCAAAACUAGCACCAUGUGGUGGAUGAUAAUAGGGAAGGGUUAUCUUUGCCCAGUGAGAUUACGUCGGCCGUUGUCCAAGCACUCAAUUGCUUUGCUUUUUUUUUUUUGUUUUUUCUUUUUCACUCCCACCCGUCGCCCGUUCCCGGCCCCGGAGGGGAAUCGAGUCCACUCCAUUAUUAUUAUUUUCUGGUUACCGGCCCCAUGUUCCGCUCUCUUGGCCCCAGUGAGCUGGAGCGAUCCCGCCGAUGUGAUGGGCCAAUCGGAUAGGCUCGAGGCUCUAAUGUUUCGAUGGACGAUGGAAUCGAUAUGAAGAACAGCCGCGUGGUCCUGCUAAACCAGUGUGCUGGGAAUUCAAUAUAGCCUCUAGGGGGCCAUUAGUUACUAGGGUUUUUCUCGACUAUUUGCUAUUAUGCCUUGAAGUCUGGAGGUGUUGAUAAUUGGGGGUUCUUUUUGGGCAAAUGCCUCUCUUAACUGCUGCCAUCGGACCACGUUCGAGGGGAGGGUCCACAGAUGGGAGUGAACCUUGCUGUUUGGGGGAUAGGAAUUCGAGGGAAAAGAAAAGUAUCUGCAAGUUGGAAGUUGAGACGAAUCGGCGAGACUGCUCACAUUUGAUUCAGCCUUGCCAUGUGCCGUCAAGACAAUCCAUUCCUUUCCUCGUAUUGGUUUGGAAAGGAUAUCAGUUUCUCGAACAGGGCCUGGCUGCGUGGGAUGUGGUAAAAAAAUAUAUAUUCCUCCUGCACAUGCCUUCACAUCUGCCUACGCGUUGAUGGCCCAUAAGGCUUCCAGUCAAGGAUCAUGACCCCAACAUCGAGUCUUUCACGAUUGUAUGAGAACGGCUGUAGGAGGAACGUAAAACAAUCAUCAAUCAGAUAUGAGGAUUUGGA